UACUCUCUCUUCUCCCUCGUUUCUUCUCCUCUUGACACUUCCUCUCUCAUCCUUUCAUCUCUCCCUCUCGCCCUGUCUAUUCGUCAACCGUACGUCAAGCCCGCGACUUUUCGGAUCUCCCUCUUCCUAGUGCACGCCCUUGGGUCCUAGUAGUGUAUCCUCCCUCGCCGCGGCGCAUCGCGUCACUUCUGUCGCGACAACGGGAGUAGCGGGAUCAGAGCCUCAGAGCCUGGAGGAGAAGCGUUAUCCGUUCACGGUCGAGGAGGCUAAAACUGUGUUUCUUCGCUUCUUUCCGAGAGAUCUUUUUUCUCCGGUUUUAUCGGGAGAUUAAGAGAGAAGAGAGCGCCGACGAUAGAGACUUCUCGCGCGGUAUAUAUACGUCAAGUGGUAAUCGCGAGCUGACAGACACUCGAGGACGCCGCAAGCACUCGGACGUAUAUCGGGAUCACGAUCGACCGCGAUCGGCUCGAGAUGAUCGUGGAACACGCCGCACAGUGGAUCAGGGAGGUGUUGGCUGGGACCCGGCUGGACGCUCUCUACAGCCUUCUCGUGUUCCUCACCGUUCUUCUGAUAGUGAAACACGUUCAGUGGCUCAAGUACAUUCGGGACCUGCCGCCUGGACCGUGGGGCCUGCCGAUUACCGGUUACCUGCCGUUCUUGAAGCGGCAGGAUGUACACCUGCAAUUCUGCGAGCUGGCGAAGAAGUACGGCUCGAUAUUCAGCCUCCGCCUCGGCACGCAGAACCUCGUCGUGCUCAGCGACCACCGGCUCAUACGUGAGGCGUUUCGACGCGACGAGUUCACCGGCAGGCCGCACACCGCGUUCAUCGACAUCCUCGGAGGAUUCGGCAUUGUCAAUUCCGAGGGUGAGCUGUGGAAGGACCAGAGGAAAUUCCUCCACGACAAGCUGAGAAACUUCGGAAUGUCGCACAUGGGCGCCGCCAAGAAGUCCAUGGAAUCCAGGAUCAAACACGAGGUCGAUAACUUCCUACGAGGGUUGGAGCUGCGACAAGGAGCGCCCACGGAAAUCUCGUCCGCCCUCAGCUUGUCGAUCAGCAACGUGAUUUGCACGAUCAUAAUGGGACUGCGCUUCCACCACGGUGACCCGCAAUUCAAGAGGUUCAUGGACCUCAUCCACGAGGGCUUCCAGCUCUUCGGCAGCGUGGCGGUCGUAAACUAUAUACCGAUACUGCGUCACCUGCCGUUCGUGCAUCGAGCCCGCGACAAGAUCGCGCAGAACCGAGUUGAGAUGGCUGCGUUCCUCGAAAAGAUCAUCGAGGAGCACAAAGUCACCUUCAACGAGGAUAACAUUCGCGAUCUCGUGGACAGCUACCUGCUCGAUAUCAAGCGAGCUAAAGAGGAAAACCGAGUGGACCAGCUCGUUUACAAAGAUAAUCCCGAUCGUCACAUACAACAAAUCCUGGGCGACCUCUUCUCGGCUGGCAUGGAGACGAUCAAGACUACCGUGGAGUGGUCGGUAAUUCUGAUGCUGCACCACCCGAAAGCGGCGAAGGCGGUGCAGGAGGAACUCGACUACGUAGUGGGAAGGUCGAGGAUGCCCUCCCUGGAAGAUCUUCCCUAUCUUCCGGUGACCGAGGCGACUAUCCUAGAAGUUCUGCGCCGAAGCAGUAUCGUACCGCUCGGCACCACGCAUGCUCCCAAAGGAGACACGACGUUGGGUGGUUACCUCAUACCAAACGGCGCUCAAGUGAUACCGCUGUUGCACGCCGUCCACAUGAAUCCGCAACUGUGGGAUGAACCGGAGUCCUUCCGGCCGGAGCGUUUCCUGACCUCCGAGGGUAAGGUCCACAAGCCCGAGUUCUUCAUGCCUUUCGGAGUCGGCCGGCGAAUGUGCCUGGGCGACGUGCUGGCCCGCAUGGAGGUCUUCCUAUUCUUCAGUUCGCUGAUGCACACCUUUGACCUGAGGCUGCCCGAGGGCGCUCCGCUGCCGAAACUGAAAGGUAUCUCCGGCGUCACGAUGACGCCGGAACCCUUCAAGGUCUGUUUGCUGAAGAGGAACUUCGACCAUGCGGCCGAAUGCGACACUAACGAGAUCACCGUCAGUGGACCUCUGCGUAACGUUGGCAGCCAUUAAAAGCAUCCUCGGCUCCAGAGCACGGACAUUGUUCCUAUCGCCGGAGGAAGAAGGUCAGAUGAAAAAAAAAAGAUUUGCAAGUUGCGUGCUGAUAUUGCAGAGCCAUCCGCUAUCGCAUUAAUCGAGACGGAAUUCUAUAAGGAUAUUUGGUCGAUGUUCAUUGUCGGAGAACGAUCGAAUGUGAUGCGGCGUGAAAGCGAGUUUCCAAUCCGAGAACGGCAUUUUCGAGACUGUCUCGAUAGGCAAAAAUGCAAUUUUAUUCAAAAUUUAUCCCAAAUUUUACAAAAAAUUAUGAGAGAGAGAGAGAGAGAAACGUU